AUGGUACACAAGCCCAACGUCUGGUUUGCCAUUUUUGAGAUAGAGUUAGAGAACCGAGGGAUCUCUGCCGACCAAGCUAAAUACAACCAACUGGUCCCACGCCUUUCGCAACAGGUGGUGACACUGGUUGAAGCCGUACUGCUUCAUCCACCUAAAGACGGUAAAUACGAAGCAAUGAAGCAGUUGAUCCUAAAGGAGUCGCAACCCAGCGCUCGUGCUCGACUGGAGCAACUCUUUCAUAGCACUAAGCUAGGCGAUCGCAAGCAUUUGGUUUUGCUCCGCGAUAUUCAGCAGAUUGCUGGCCCUUCGUACAUGAGUGAAGAAGCAUUAAAAGAAUUGUGGCUCUCCCGCCUACCUGAUCCUCUUCCUUUAAUGCUCGUAGCUUAUCCAAAUAGAUCACUCAAAGAGUUGGCAAUAACCGCGGACGCAGCCUUUGAGAGAAACCCUCAACACAUGAAGGCAUCCAGCAGCAUUUUCGCCACGUUAACGGAUAAAGACUUGAAUGCAAAAGCGCCAGCGCAAGCAGACACCAGAGACGAGGAGACAGCAGCGCUUCGCCGAGUCGAAGUGAGCGUUAUCCCUGCCAACGCGCAUAACAAGCAUACGAAGCCCACGUACAAUCUACGGGCAGCCAACGGCUCACCGAUAGCUUCAUACGGUCAGCGCAUGAUGAACCUAGAUUUAAAUCUCCGCAGAGACUUUCACUGGGUUUUCACGGUUGCGUCAGUACCUUUCGCAAUUAUCGGUAUCGAUUUUCUUCGCCAUUUUGGAUUGCUUGUCGACGCGGGUCGCAACAGAAUUUUAGAUGAUCAUACGAAACUAGGUGUUGAUGGUGUCCUUUCAGAUGCCCCGAUAAUCAACCCUGUAAUUCGGAUCGCAGACGCACCGACCGACUACUUGAGCCUCCUCUACGAACACCCGCGAUUGGUUAGAUCGGCUGCAGAGCUUCCACCAGUCACGACAGAGGUCGCUCACCACAUAGUUACUCGCGGUCAGCCAAUUAGCGCACGACCAAGACGGCUUGCUCCAGACAAACUACGAGCCGCACUAGCAGAAUUUGACCACAUGCUUCAACUCGGUAUCGUCAGACCGUCCAACAGCUCAUAA